AUGGAUGCAUGGACAGCACAACUUCGAAAAUGGCCUAUGUUAUCAGUACUUGUAUUUGGUCAGAUAAGUAAUACAUUAAGUGUUCUUGUACUUGCACGACCAAAACUACGAAAAAAUACAUGUUCACUUUAUUUAAUUGGAGCAAGCAUUAGCAAUACUAUAUGUAGUUUUGUUAGUAUUUUUUAUUCUGUUUUAAGUAGUGGAUUUGGAUAUUCACUAAUAUCACAAUACCGUGUAUUAUGUAAGUUUUUACCUUAUAUGUAUUAUUCAACAUUAUUUUUGGGUUCAUGGUUUAUUCUUCUUGCAUGUAUUGAUCGAUAUUGUUCAACACAUACACGAGCUACAAUUCGUCAAUUUAGUCAUAUAAAAACAGCUAGAUGGCUUUUAAUAUUUAUACCAUUACUUUGUUUUAUUGCACAUAUACAUAUUUUAGUGUAUAUAGAUUGGAUACAAAUCAAUCGGUGUAGUUUUAUUUCAUUUAAUUUUCUUCUUUUCUUCUAUAUUUACUAUGUUGUUCUCUAUGCAUUUAUGAUACCAAUUUUAUAUAUGAUUUUUGCUGUUCUAACCAUAUAUAAUGUUCGAAAAACAAAGAAAAGUGUAUCUCUUGUUAUGAAAAGAAUUGGAACCAUGAUACAACCACAAAAACGACAACAGAUGAUUAAUGCUCAACUUCUUCGAAUGCUUCUUGUACAGGUUAUAUCAUUUGUUAUAUUAACGAUGCCUCUUGCAUCAUACAAUGUCUAUCAAGGUAUUACUGCUUAUGUGCCAAAAUCAGAUUUAAGAAAAAGUAUAGAAAGGCUUAUAUCAGUUAAUUCUCAACUUUUAACUUAUAUCAAUAUUGGUUCUACAUGUGUUAUUUAUACGAUUACUGCACGACUUUUUCGUGAAGAACUUCAAGCACUUUUCCGCUGUCAAUGGUUUAAAAAUGCUGUCAGACGACAACAACAACCAUCUUAUUUAUUUUCUAUCACCCGACGUAUUGCUCCUGUUCAAUAA